AUGGAAGAAUGGAAACGAUUGAAUGAUUUGAUUCAAGUAUGUUAUUCCAUGCCUCAAAAAACAAGUAUUGUUUAUAUGCAGUAUCAACAUCCCUAUCAUCUGACUUUAUCCAUUUUGAUUGAUACUCAAUUGUAUCAAUUGGUUUAUUCUGAUUCCUCUGUUUUAUCUUUAUAUAGUCAUCUUUCAUGGAUCACCAAUACAAAGUCAUUUAUUGAUUGGUUUUAUGAUCAUUUUAUUCAUGGUGACAUUUGUACCACUCUUGUUGAAGAAAAUAAAUGCAGGUUUUCUAUAGGUGAACCUCCUUCUUUACUCACAUUAGUAUGUCCUUUGGUUCAAUCUCAACUACAAACCAAUCAAUUUAUCCAAUCUCUCAUCAUCAAGCUUGCUCAUCAUGUACAAAUACAACAUGAAUGCCAACUUUUUAAUGCACAGCCCAUGCAUCAUCAGCAACCACAACAAAAAAUUCAUGCAGAACAACAUCAUGCUUUAAGCCCCGCUACCAUGGCAACUGCCACCCCUUCUAUGCUUGGUGAACAAUGGCACGACAAACCAUCAUCAUCAUUAUCUCCACCACAACCAAGUUACCCAUCAACACAUGUUAAACAUAAAGCCACUAGUUUACUAAAUCCUAGUGUCAAAAGACAAAGGUAA